UAAAUGGACGAAUUUUGAAGGACAAAACAACUUUCUGAAAAAUCAGUUAUUUUGCUUCAGUAUGGUGCAGUAACUUAGUAAGGACUCUGAGCGCCGCUGUUCACCAACCACGGGGAAAAUGGUGCAGUAAGAUCUGCCAGAGGCACCGAGCUUUUACAGUACAAAGAAACACCAGAUUGAGACAAAUUCUCUUCCAAGCCGCAUCAAACUCAGGUGUCUAUUAUAAAUUCUAGGCUUCUUUUAUCAAUAUAAAGGAUUUCACGCUGAUACACAUCCAGAAGCAUAAGAGGAGAUAUCCCAGUGUCUAACAAGAUAGGCAGGACAACAAUGGCGACUCCGCAGAGAGGUCAAGACUACAGAGGAUUCAUCCUGCUCUCCAUCCUCCUGGGGACCCAGAGGGAAGCUUGGGCAGGACAUAUUUUCUACUCUUUGCCGGAGGAGACAGACACAGGGUCUUUUGUGGGUAAUAUCGCUAAGGAUCUGGGUCUGGAGCCCCUGGAACUGGCAGAGCACGGAAUCCGAAUCGUCUCCAGAGGUAGGAUGCAGCUUUUUGCUCUGAAUCCGCGAAGCGGCAGCUUGGUCACUGCGGGCAGAAUAGACCGGGAGGAGCUCUGUGCUCAGAGUGCACAGUGCCUGGUGAACUUUAACAUCCUGAUGGAUAAAAUGACUCUUUACCCUAUAGAAGUGGAAAUAAUAGAUGUUAAUGACAAUGCUCCUAGAUUCUUGACGAAAGAAAUGACUGUAAAAAUAGUGGAGAACACAGCUCCUGGGGUGCGGUUUCCCUUAAAUGAGGCUAGGGAUCCAGAUGUGGGCACGAACUCCCUCCAGAGCUACCAGCUCAGUCCCAAUGACCACUUCUCCCUGACUGUGCAGACUGGAGAUGAUGGAGCUAAAUAUCCAGAAUUAGUGCUGGAAAGGGUGCUGGAUCGAGAGGAAGAGGCUGUUCACCACCUACUCCUUACAGCCUCUGAUGGCGGCGACCCACCCCGAUCGGAAACUGCCCACAUCCAAGUAACAGUGGUGGAUGUGAAUGAUCAUGCGCCAGUCUUCUCUUUGCCUCAGUACCAAGUAACUGUCCCUGAGAAUGUGCCAGUGGGCACAACAUUGCUCACGGUACACGCUGUUGACUUGGAUGAGGGAGUCAAUGGGGAAGUGACAUACUCUUUCCGGAAAAUAACUCAAAAAAUUCUACAGAUAUUCCAACUGAACUCUCAUACCGGAGAAUUAUCAACUUUAGAAGGCCUAGAUUAUGAAGAGUCCAGCUACUAUGAAAUGGAAGUUCAGGCUCAGGACGGUCCUGGUAGUAUGACACGGGCUAAAGUAAUUAUCACAAUUUUAGAUGUGAAUGACAAUGCCCCAGAAGUGACUCUAACAUCUGUAAGCAACUCAGUCCCUGAAGACACUCCUCCUGGAACAAUAAUUGCUCUUUUCUACCUUCAAGACCGAGAUUCCGGGAAGAAUGGUGAGGUGACCUGCACUAUUUCAGAAAAUCUGCCUUUUAAGUUAGAAAGAUCAAUAGAUAAUUAUUAUAGGUUGGUGACUGCGAAAAACCUAGACCGGGAAAAACUCUCUGUGUAUAAUAUCACACUGAAAGCCACAGAUGAUGGAACCCCACCCUUGUCCAUGGAAACUCACAUCUCAGUGAAUGUGGCAGAUACCAACGACAACCCACCUGCCUUCCCCCACUCCUCCUAUUCUGUCUACAUUCCUGAAAACAACCCCAGAGGUGCCUCCAUCUUCUCUGUGACUGCACAUGACCCGGACAGCCAUGAGAAUGCCCAAGUCACUUACUCCCUGUCUGAAGACACGCUCCAGGGGGCACCCCUGACCUCCUAUGUGUCCAUC